AUGUUUAAACAAGUAAUUUGUGUGAUGCUAGUUCUCACACUGGCUACUAGUGUUACCCAUGCAUGUAAUCCACCAAAGGUUGGCAAUUGCAACAUCUUUCCACCAGAUGACGAAUGGAAUCGUGAGAUUUCCAAUGACCCAGUCGACUAUAUGAGUUCAUGUUACAUUGCCAAAUAUUCAGGUAAUUUGAAGGCAGAUUUCAGUGGUCCAUAUUUUGAUGGAACACAAACAGUUAGUGCAGGUAUUCCUUGGAAUAUUGUUAAGGGCAAUUCUGUUGCUAAGGUUCCAAUUAAAUUCUCUGCUGAUGGUGCUCCAGACGAAUCAGAUUUCACAUCAGCACCAAUUCCAUUGAAUAGUAAGGUUGAAGGCCCAACAGAUUCACAUGUUAUUGUAGUUGAUACAGAUAAUUGUAUUCUCUAUGAAAUGUUUGCCUCUGUUGCAGGAAGUGAUUCUUGGACAUGUGGAUCCAAUGCUAAAUUUGAUUUAAAUAUGAGAAAUGCCAGUAUGUUCCGUUAUCCAAAUGAAUUGUCAAUCACUUCAGCUGAUGCAGCUGGAUUGCCAAUUUUCCCUGGUUUGGUGAGAUAUUCUGAAGUUGCUGCUGGUAAUAUCACUCAUGCAGUUCGUUUCACACUCCCAACUGCUCAGAGAGCUUAUAUUCCACCUGCCAAACAUUAUGGUUCAACCAAAGAUGCAUCCUAUCUUCCUUAUGGAGCUAGAUUCAGAUUGAAAGCUUCUUUUGAUUUAUCAACUUACACUGGUCAAUCAUUGAUCAUUUUGAAAGCAUUGAAAAAGUAUGGAAUGAUUUUUGCUGAUCAAGGAUCCAGUUAUUUCAUUACUGGAGAACCAAAUGAUAAAUGGGACAGUGAUGAUUUGAAUCAAUUGAAGAAAGUUCCAGGCACUGCAUUUGAAAUGGUUCGAAGAGCUGGAAAGAUUAUGAGGGAUUGGACAACUGCCACUGAUUCAUGCAAUGGUCAAUCCACUCAAUUAAUUUAUACUCCUAACUAUGUCUGUAAUAACAACAACAAUGGAGGAAACACCCCAACCACCAGUACUAUUAAUAAUAAGAAUACUACCACUGCCACAAGUGCUAGAGCUAACGGUAAUGAAUCUCUCCACAGUAUCAUUUCCUUAUUGGUUGUUACUUGUGCUACAGUGUUGGUGAUGGCCUUCAUGUAA